UUCUUUUUAAUUUCUCAGUAAUUUUUACAGUUAAUAAUAAUCAUAUAUAUCAUAUAUAUAUAUAUAUACGUAUAUCGUAAAAUCUGUAAAAGAUGGAUACUACAAAUCUAUUAUGUUCGAUUUGUUUUUUUUUUUAUUGAAUUGAACGCUUCUAAUUUUAUACAUACAGAAAAGAAUAUAAAUAAAUAAAAAACAAAACAAACUUAUAUAUUGCGUGACAUACGUCAAUUUUGUGUAGAUCAAACGAAACGGUGUUAAAAAGAAUCAUACAUUUGAUAAAAUCGAUGUGAAAUACGAUUCUGAAUCUGUUAUUAAAUUUAGAACGAUCAAUUAUUGUACGCAAUAGCAUUCCAUGUUAAUUGAAAAUAUUUUCAAAAUAUAAUCACGAUUAAUCGUUAUCGUUGAUAAUAUUAAUACAAAAAAUCAUCAUAUUGUAAUAUGUCCGAUAUAAAAGAAACUAAUAAUAUGGAUAAUAAAAAUGAUUUUAACGAUAGUUACGAUUUUGAAGAUCUUGUGACGUGGUCGAAGGAAAUGAUCGAGGUAACGAAUGAUUUAAAAUAAACUAAAAGAAAAAGAAAAAAAAAAGAAAUACUCUUCGAGCGGCAAUAGAUUGACUGAUAUAAUGCAUUGCAUUUAGUUAAUUAAGUAAAUUAAUUAUAAUACACAUUAAUUAUAUCAAUUGUAUUUUUUAAUUGUUGCAAUAUUCAUUCUUCGUUCGUAAAUAACCUAAAUAAAAUAAAAAAAAUAUCAUUUCAAAGGAAAAAUUACCGGAGUCAAUGAUAUUUCCCAACGAAUUAAACACAUACCUGCGCGAACGUAUCCGAGAUUUGACUGCGGAGAACGGUUGUUUGCGUCGUACGUUAGAGGAGACCGAAGAAAAGCUACGAAUAACUGAGAAAAGUACUAUUAAAUCGGAAUUACUUAUAAAUUUAGAUAAAUCUAACGAAUUGGCAACGAUCAAGAUCACUGAAUUGAGCAAGAAAUGUAAAGAACAGACUGUUGAAAUCGGGGUACUCAAAACUAAGUGUAAACAUUUGGAAGAUAAUUUAGCAAGUAAGAUAACCGAAUUGGAUAACUUAAAAGAAGAGAUAACAAAUUUUACGAAAAAACAAUCGGAAUCUGGUAACGGUGAGUAUUGUUAGUGUCAUCGAAAAAUCUUAACUAAUUUUUAAAUAUCCUUAUUGCAAUAACAUAAUCGAGAUCCAGGAUAGUGUAUCCUUGACAAAGGUACCGGAGAUGUUCAAUCUUUAUCGAAGGAGAACGAGGAUAAGAUGAAAAUAUUA